AUGCCUCCUCGUUCACCACGGCGAACCGGUGAUGCUUCUGUCGCCGUCCGGGACCUCGCGGACGUGCGCAAGCACUUGAGCUUCGCCCAUCGCCGCACGGCCUACGAAACGCUGCUUAGCGUCGCCGUUGAUGAUGUGCUGCCGCGUGGGGCUCUCACCGAGCUUGCACAGAUGUUUAGCUGCCAUCCGCGAACGAUAUCACGUCUGUGGACGCAAGUGCGUCUCUCGCUCCGCGGCGGCCACUGUGCCGCCGAUGUCGCCUCAAAAACUAAGGGGAACUCUGGACGCCAUGCGCUCCGAACAAGCGACGAAAUUGAAGCUGCCAUCCGAAACGUUCUACAAAUGCAACGGCAGACCUUACGCUCUCUGUCGGCCGCGUAUGGAAUCCCCAUGACGACAAUCUUUAGCCACAUGAAGAAGAAUCCUCGCUUCAAGGCGCGGUCAAACUACGUCAAGCCCCAUCUCACCCCUGCGAACAUCGAAGAACGACUCAAGUUUGCCAUGUCCUUCGUUCGGCCUUUGCCAAGUGGACGCCAUCUUUUCAACGACAUGCACGACUAUGUGCAUGUUGACGAAAAGUGGUUCUACUUGAUGAAGGUUAAACGUAGGUACUAUAUGUACAACGACGAAGAGGUCGCGGCUCGGGCGGUCAAGUCCAAGCGCUUUAUCACCAAGGUGAUGUUCCUUGCCGCUGUGGCCAGGCCGCGAUAUGACCCACACGGCAAAAAGGAAUGGGACGGCAACGGUGGUGUUUGGCCCUUCGUUCAAGUGGCGCCAGCGCAGCGUGGAAGCAAGAACAGGCCGAAGGGCGCCAUGUUAUCCGACCCAUUAUUGACCACGAGCGUGGGCUGCAUGACUGUCGUGGCCAUCCCAGUUUCAUCAAAAGUUUCCUAG